GUUCGGCUAUGGUGCCCGACUGGCAAGCACCGAGUGCUUGCUGCAAGCGAGGACACGGAAUGGAUCGUGCAGCUACAUUGCCCUCCUGCUGGGACCCCACACAAUGUCGUACUUGAAUUAGUCCGGCAGCUGGCAGAGGAUGUCUCGUACUACUAUCCAAAGACUGAUGGAGAGAUAUAUUGCAGCUUGAGACAUUACCACAGCCCUCACAUCAUACAAGAAUGGAUGGGCAAGCUCUCCCCCUGCAAGCGCGAUACUCUCAAGCUUCUGCAAUCCAACUCUCAGCUCUCUGAAGCCUUCGGAGGUCUUUUAAAGUUCCCUGGUCUUUGGGAAGGAUUUCAGCUAGGCAACAUUCACAAACAUAUGGCAUUGCACUGUGAUAAAGAGCUGAUUACAUAUCUCACGUUCAUCCAGCAGUCCUGGGAGCAUAUUGUUGACCACAAUGUCGAUCUCAUGCAACUUGUCGAUUUCAGCACAGUACGUCACCUUCAGUUGCUAGCACCAACACUCAGUUGUGCUGAUCAUGAGGAAUUACGUGCCAAAUUUCGUAGCGGCACUAUUUUUUCGAACGUGGAGGGUCGCGCUCUACUAGCAAGGCUUGAGAAGAACGUUCUUCAUUUCCAUGCAAUGAUCCCCAGUAUCAGGUCAUUCCAUGAGAAUAUGAAGCUUUUCUCGGUCACUGUGAAGAUCAUACGGCGGCUGUUGCUGCCUGGGUCAUACAGAAAAUCAUUCAGCGAAAGCCUUCGCAGUAUCUGGACGUCACCAGACCCUCCAGUGAUUGAAGUCGACGAGGGCAUCUUCCAGGUCGCGAAGUCUGCGCUCUCAUUCGAAGUAGCCUAUUGGCAGCUGGUAUUGGCAGCUCUCAGGAACUUCGCAAGACUUGGAAACGAAGGGCCAAGAGUUGACAGAGACGACAGGAUCGACGGGCAUAUUGAGCCCACAGCUCUCGCAUACUUUCAACGUCGAGCUCUUCUCUUGGGCUUCCAGAGUGAUGUCAUCCGUCACGGAGCUAGGAGCGACACAGGAAUCAAAGGCCUCCGCAGGAAUGAUGGCCCCGCAGAUGAGCAGAUAGCCCAAUUGUCACGCCGUUGGGGGCGGCCACAUUCCAGAGUGUAUCGCCAAAUACAGAGAGUCGCUUUCCUCCAACAACUGAGCGACAGAACACGAAUGGAGCACCUCUCCGUUCCAUCUCUAUUGUCGAUUGCGACUUUAUUCAAAUCCACGAUAGACAAAUCGACCGAAACCUCUUUACGUGUCGACUCGAUCCCCAACCUGCAGGACCGCGCUGUAGAGC